UGCUCUGGUUGCAGCGCUCUAUGUGUCGGACGCGCCUGGCUGUGCGGUGCAGCGUACUGCCCUGGCAGCUCCGUGUCCCGGGCCGCAGCGGAGCCGUGUGGAGCAGUAUGGAGCAGUGAUCCGGCCCCGGGCCCUGCUGGCUGUGCGCUGCCGGGGAAGCUCGCUCCGGGCGGGGACGCCGCUCUGGGAAGUUCUGCCGCGGAUCGAUCGGUCGGCUGGAUGUUGACAGAGCCGCUGCUGGCUCCACAGGCCCAGAAGACCAGGAAACACUCUGAUGUUUGAAGGAGAUGGCGACCGCCCUCAGUGGUAGGAACCCAGGUGGGCGUGGGCCAAACAGGGGCAAGGGUCGGAUCCUGGGCUUCAUCGAUGCCAUCCAGGACGCCGUGGGGCCGCCCAAGCAGGCGGUGGCUGAUCGCAGGACUGUGGAGAAGACCUGGAAGCUCAUGGACAAAGUUGUCCGACUCUGCCAAAAUCCCCGGCUGCAGCUGAAGAACAGCCCGCCCUACAUCCUGGACAUCCUGCCCGACGCCUACCAGCACCUGCGGCUCAUUCUGGGCAAAUACGAGGAGACCCAGAGACUGGCGCAGCUCAGCGAGAACGACUACUUCAAGGUCUACAUCGACAGCCUGAUGAGGAAGUCCAAGCAGGCCAUCCGGCUCUUCAAGGAAGGGAAAGACACCAUGUACGAGGAGCAGUCUCAGGACAGACGUAACUUGACCAAGCUGUCUCUGAUCUUCAGCCACAUGCUGGCUGAAAUCAAAGCCAUCUUCCCUGGAGGACACUUCCAGGGAGACUCCUUCAGGAUCACUAAAGCCGACGCUGCCGACUUCUGGAGGAGAUUCUUUGGAGAAAAGACCAUCGUGCCGUGGAAAGUCUUCCGACAGUGCCUUCACGACGUGCACCCCAUCAGCUCGGGCCUGGAGGCCAUGGCCCUCAAGUCCACCAUCGACCUCACCUGCAACGACUACAUCUCCGUGUUCGAGUUCGACAUCUUCACCCGCCUCUUCCAGCCAUGGGGGUCGAUCCUGAGGAACUGGAACUUCCUGGCGGUGACGCACCCCGGCUACAUGGCCUUCCUGACCUACGACGAGGUCAAGGCCCGGCUGCACAAGUACAUCAACAAGCCCGGCAGCUACAUCUUCCGGCUGAGCUGCACCCGGCUGGGCCAGUGGGCCAUCGGCUACGUGACCAGCGACUGCAACAUCCUGCAGACCAUCCCCCACAACAAGCCGCUGUUCCAGGCGCUCAUCGACGGCUACCGGGAGGGAUUCUACUUGUUCCCGGACGGUCGCAGUUACAACCCCGACCUGACCGGACUGUGUGAGCCGACUCCGCACGACCACAUCAAGGUGACCCAGGAGCAGUACGAGCUGUACUGCGAGAUGGGCUCCACCUUCCAGCUCUGCAAGAUCUGCGCCGAGAACGACAAGGACGUGAAGAUCGAGCCCUGCGGUCACCUCAUGUGCACUUCCUGUCUGACGGCCUGGCAGGAGUCGGACGGGCAGGGCUGCCCCUUCUGUCGCUGUGAGAUCAAAGGCACGGAGCCCAUCAUCGUGGAUCCCUUCGACCCUCGAAACGAAGGCGCCAAGUGCUUCUUCCUGGACAGACACAGCUGUCCCAUGCUGGACCUGGACGAGGACGAGGACCGCGAGGACUGCCUGGUCAUGAGUGGAUUAGCCAGCGUCCGCAAGCACUGUGCCGAGCUCCAGAACUCGCCCAUGGUGUCUCCCAGCUCCUCGCCCGGCAGCCAGCACAGGAAGGCCUACGGAGCGGACUCCAGCCACUGUGGCCCGCUCCUCGGCCUCCCCCCGGUCCCCCCGAGACGAGACCUCAUCCACAAGGCCGCCCGGCGCUCCCCCUCCGCCAGUCCCACGGCCUCGCCCAGGUCCUCUCCAGGAAUGUCCCGGAAGCAGGACAAGCCUCUACCAGCCCCUCCGCCCCCCCAGAGGGACCCCCCUCCGCCUCCCCCACCGGAGCGUCCCCCACCCGUCCCCCCCGAAACACGACACUCGUGGCUGUCCUCCCCGGCGCCCCACGAAGACGUGCCGCCCCCCCAGCCGGGCGGCAGACCGCUCAGCUGUCCACUGGGAGACGGAGGGACUCAUCCCAGGGGGGAGGGGCCGAGACCCCCGGACGGCUCCAAGCCCCUCUGUAAUGGUGUUCCAGACGACUAUGACAUCCUUCCCUCUCGACAGUCCGCUCAGCACACACCUGCCACAAGCAACAAACCGUCCAGGCCCCUCAGCGGUCCAGCAGAGCAGCAGGACGGGGACUACCAGAGCCCGCCGUCCGGCCUGUGCCGGAGCCAGGCCUCCAUCUGCAGCUCGGGGUCCAGCAGACACGCUGCGGUGGACCGCCCUGCGGUGGACCGCCCUGCAGUGGACCGCCCCGCGGUGGACCGCCCUGCAGUGGACCACCCCGCGGUGGACCGCCCUGCAGUGGACCGCCCUGCGGUGGACCGCCCUGCAGUGGACCGCCCCGCGGUGGACCGCCCUGCAGUGGACCACCCCGCGGUGGACCGCCCUGCGGUGGACCGCCCUGCAGAGGCGGCGGACAGGAAGCCCUGCGAUCCAGAGCCCUCGGCGCCACUAGGGGGCGUGGUCUCCAGGGUCCUCUGCCCCUUCAGCUCCAGGCAGACCCUGUCGGACUACGACAUCCUGCUGCCCCCCCAAGAGGACGUCUUCAGCAUGGCCGCUGCGUCUCCCCCUUCCCCUCCACCUCCUCCACCCCCUCCGCCAGCACGGCACGGCCUCGGGUCCUCGUCUCCGUCCUCCUCGUCCUCGGUCGUCCCUCGAGCGCACCGCCCGUCCUCCGGCCUGGACCACGUGCUGCUGCCCCCUGACACAGUGCUGGACAUGCUGAACAGCCCGGUCCCGGUCCCGGUCCCGGUCCCGGUCCCGCUUCCUCCGGCCCGCCGCCACACGGACAAUGUCAGGAGCUCCCGAGGCUGCCUGGACCUGGACCACUGCCUGCCACACCAAGGUCCCGCCGACCUGGAGGCUCCAGCCCGGCCCCCCAAACCCCUCCCCAGGAAGAUCCCGCCGGACCUCCAGCCGCCGCCGCCCCCCCACGGUCCGGACGACAACGAAGACGCCAAGAUCGCCAAGCUGAUGGGAGAAGGGUACUCCUUCGACGACGUGAAGCGCGCUCUGACCAUCGCCCAGUUCCAGAUGGACGUGGCCCGCAGCAUCCUGCGGGAGUUCGCCUUCGUGGCCCCCAGGCUCAACUUCUAGAGGCCCCCGCCCGGCGGGGGUCUGACAAGGGCUUCCUGGGUUCUCCGGUCACGGAACCAGGCGGACGCUUAAGGAACGUCUGAUUUGUGCUGCUGAACAAAGACAAGGAUGCACAGCAGGAGGCGGAAACCAAAGCUUCAUCCAGGAUGAGCAGGGAGAAGCUGUGUGUGUGUGUGUGUGUGUGUGUGUGUGUGUGUGUGUGUGUGUGUGUGUGUGUGUGUGUGUGUGUGUGUGUGUGUGUGUGUGUGUGUGUGUGUGUGUGUGUGUGUGUGUGUGUGUGUGUGUGUGUGUGUUUCAGUUGAUCACCAGUAGAGGGAGCUGGACAGUCUCGUGCCCUCUCUGAUCCACUGAGCCUUUGAAUGCCACUUCCUGUCUGGACCGACCUCUGGGUUCACCGCUCCGGCUUCCCUGUCCGGGUCAUUCCUGGUCCUGGUGAGCUGGACUGAGCUCCAGCACCCUGUGACCCUGCGACCCUGCCCAGGAGGAAGCGGUAUGGGGGCCAGAUGUUGGAAGCCAGACCGCCGUGCCUGUAUUCGCUCAAGCAUUUCCAGCAGGCUGUUCCAGAGGAGCAGCCUGCAGCCUUCAGUCACCCAGACCCCCCCACACCCCCCACACCCCCCCACACCCCCCCACACCCCCCCACACCCCCAGGUUGGACAUUGGUCUUGUCACUACGUCUGAACCCUGGCUCUCAGCGGUGUGUCGCCCUCUAGUGGAGAUGUCUGUCACAAAGCUCCCUCGCCUUCAGGGCUUACUGUUGGUGUUCGGCAGUGAAGAGGUGAAAGGUCAUCGGGUCAUCAGACUCCUGAGGCCCUUCAUCACACUGACCUUGAUGGGACAUGACUCUCCAGACCAGACCAACACCAGAACCCGGUUCAGGGGGAAUCCCUGAUCCGUCAGAAAACAGCAGAACAGAGUCCAGCUCCUCAUGUGUCAGAGGGACGAGACCGGCCGUCCGUCUCCAACGGCGUCUCGUCCACAGUCCUGAGAAUUCUGAGACUCUGAGACAAUCCUGAGACUCUUUACUGGACCCCACUGCUGCACCACUCACACUGGAAGGACGGCGGUGGGGGGGGGGGGGACCCGGGGAGGACCCGGGGGGGACUGACUGAGAGUGUCUUUGGUCUCAUUGCAGGAGAAACUCAGCGGAAACAAACAGAACUUUAUUGAUCCCUUCAGCAGACAGGAAACUGGAAAGAUGGUGAAUACUCCUCCUCCUCUCUCUUCCUCCUCUCUCCAGUCUCCUCCUCCUCCUCCUCCUCUCUCCAGUCUCCUCCUCCUCCUCCUCCUCUCUUCCUCUCAUGUCCUCCUCUCUCCUCCUCCUCCUCUCUCU